AUGGUUUUAUCUCAGGCGUUUAACCAACUCGCCAAUCCGAACACGGUUAAUAACCGUCGGCGCCGUCUUUUCAUUCCUCCGUCGACCCAGUUCCCGCUCUUUAGCUAUGGCCGUGAGCCUGAUCAGAGAUCUUUCCUUUCCCUCGACGAAUCAGGCUCUGUCUACACGGGAACAGACGUCGACGAUGUUGUUAGUGUGGCAUCUUCGCGUUCCUUGCCGCUGACAUUAAGCUCCGCUCAUACAUCGGAAGACCAGGAGUCCUUCCAUAGUUGGUUGGUAGAAGAGCACCAGCGACGUUACAAUGCGACGGAGUCGGACCUGGAUGAGCAAUUACUAGAGCUGCGUUCUGUUGGCUCACGGUCCAGUGCUUCUCAUUACAGCGACAAAACUUUCCAGCUGGUUUUCGAGCAGGAGGACUUUGCCAGCUUGAAAACUACCUACUCAAGAGAGCUUAAAAUGUUGGUGCGGUAUCUGACUCCAUUGGUGAUAACAUUUGUGCUCGAGCAUUUUUUCUCCAUCGUCUGCCUUUUGGUUGUGGGUCACUUGGGUAAAGAUGAACUUGCUGCUGUUUCUUUGGCGCUGAUGACUUCCACGAUUACAUUUGCAAUCUUUGAAGGAAUUGCCACGGCUCUAGAUACCUUGUGUCCUCAAGCAUAUGGAGCUGGCAAUUAUGAGUUGGUCUCUACUCAUGUGCAGCGGUGCUUUGUUUUUUCUCUUGUCGUUUACCUUCCGUGUGCUUUGAUGUGGUGGAACUCCAAUCUUCUUCUCCAGUUUGUCAUAUCCAGUCCAAAGGUACUCGAGCUUACAACGCAAUUCUUGCGGAUCCUUAUUCUCGGCGGGCCCGCGUACAUUUUUUUCGAAAACUUCAAGCGCUUCUUACAGGCCCAGGGCAUUUUCGAAGCUGGUACGGGUGUUUUGUUUGUCAGCGCCCCCAUCAACAUAUUUCUCCUGUGGUUUUUGGUAUGGGACCUGAAAUACGGAAUAGGGUAUGUCGGUGCACCGAUUGCCACGGCUAUCAAUUUCUGGAUCAUGGCCAUUCUUUUGGUGUUGUACGCUACUUUUGUUGAUGGUUCUCGAUGCUGGUACGGCUUCUGCUCUCCAAAAGAAUUGUUCAGCAAAUGGGGCCAACUCUCGCAUUUGGCUCUCCCGGGCAUUGUUAUGCUUGAGUCAGAGUAUCUUGCCUACGAACUUAUGACGCUUUUUGCGCUGUAUUUUGGCACGACUCAGUUGGCCGCACAAAGUGCCGUGGGAUCCAUAGCCCUGUUGACCUAUAUGGUUCCAUUCGCUCUCAGUAUUGCGUCAUCUACUCGAAUUGCCAACUUCAUCGGUGGGCAGAACAUAUAUCUGGCACAAAUCGCCACAAGGGUUGGGCUCAUGUGUGGCUUAUGUCUUGCUGUGGCAAACUGUCUUGUGUUGUUCACAUUCCGGUGGCAGAUAGCCAGGCUUUUCUCCAAAGACGACGAAGUUAUUUUGCUCAUAGUGCAACUCCUAGCACCGCUUGUAUCUGUUUUGCAAAUCUUCGAUGGAGUAGCAUCUGUCGCCAGCGGAAUCUUGCGGGCGCAAGGAUCGCAGAAGAUUGGAGGAAUCAUCAAUUUUCUUUCCUACUACGCCUUUGCUAUGCCGUUGGCAUUUGUUCUCUGCACGUAUACGGACUUGGAGCUCAAGGGCUUGUGGCUUGGUGUUGGUAGCGGAAUGGUUUUAAUUGGUCUUACAGAGACUAUUGUCAUUUUGAACAGUGAUUGGGAAUCAAUCAUCGUACAUGCUGGACUCAUGAACUAUGCGGAGGAGGAAUGA